AUGCAGGAUAGCCUUGCAGCGCAGGAAGGGAUUUUCGGAUUUGGAAAUCAUCUUACAGCGAUGAGUUUGGAGAAGAGAAGCGUACCGUAUCACCAGAUGAAGACUCGUGAUGACUCCCCACCCGCGGCCCGUCCAAUGAGAAGAGAGCUCCCACGUGAGAAAGGAACCGAAAGCAAAGACCCCUCCAAAGCCACCGGCACCACGAGGAAGCUCGUCGGACACAGCAUCCAGCCUCACAUGCGGCAGGAGCUCAUCAGGCUUAUCGCAGCAAAAAGAGAAAAGGAGUAUGUCAGCUUUCAUAAGUUUAGAGUCUUUGUUGGAACGUGGAAUGUGAAUGGCCAGUCUCCAGACAGUGGGUUAAAACUGUGGCUGAAUUGUGAUAGAGACCCUCCAGACAUUUACUGCCUCGGAUUCCAGGAGCUGGAUUUGAGCAUGGAGGCCUUCUUCUACUUGGAAUCCACCAAAGAGCAGGAGUGGCUGGCAUCUGUGAAACAGGCCCUGCAUUUCAAGUCCAAGUAUAAAAAAAUACAGCUAGUCCGCCUGGUUGGCAUGAUGCUGCUGGUAUUUGCCAGAAAAGAGCAUUGUAUGCAUAUCCGGGAUGUCGUGACGGACACUGUGGGAACGGGACUCAUGGGGAAAAUGGGGAACAAAGGAGCUGUUGCCGUGAGAUUUAUGUUCCACAACACUACAUUUUGCAUCAUCAAUUCCCACCUGGCUGCCCAGGUGGAGGAUGUCGAAGGUAGGAAUCAGGAUUACAAAGACAUCUGUGCCCGGAUGAGUUUCCUUGUCCCAAAUCAGGGGCACCUGAAUAUCAUGAAACAUGAUGUAGUCAUUUGGUUGGGAGAUUUGAACUACAGGCUUUACAUAUAUAAUGCCAAAGAAGUGAAAAGGCUUAUUAAUAGGAAUGACCUUCAGAAGCUCUUAAAGCUAGACCAGCUGAAUAUUCAGCGUACAAACAAGAAAGCUUUUGCUGACUUUACAGAAGGAGAAAUUAGGUUUAUCCCCACAUACAAGUUUGACAGCAAAACAGACCGAUGGGAUUCCAGUGGGAAGUGCAGGGUUCCAGCAUGGUGUGACCGAAUCCUUUGGAGAGGGGCAAACGUUAAUCAGGUCCGCUACCAGAGUCACAUGGGCCUAAAAACCAGUGACCACAAACCGGUCAGUUCACUGUUCAUCAUUGGAGUGAAGGUUGUAGAUGACAGGAAAUACCAAGCCAUAUUCGAAGACAGUGUUCAGCUCAUGGACAGAAUGGAAAAUUACUCUCUCCCUUCAAUAGCACUCAGCAGGAAAGAAUUUUUGUUUGAAAAUGUGAAAUUUCGGCAACUGCAAAAGCAGAAAUUCCAGAUUACCAACAAUGGUCAGGUUCCCUGUCAUUUUUCCUUCAUCUCUAAGCUUGGUGACAGACAGUACUGUAAACCAUGGCUUCAAGCAAAGCCUCGUGAGGGCUACUUGGAGCCAAAUGAGACAUUAGACAUUUCCUUGAGUGUCUAUGUUAGCAAAGAUUCUGUGCCAGUCCUGAAUUCAGGGGAAGAUAAUAUUAAAGACAUUCUUAUCCUUCACUUGGAUCAAGGCAAAGAUUACUUUCUGACCAUCAGUGGCACUUAUCUCCGUAGUUGUUGCGGCACUUCCUUGGAAGUUUUGUGCCAAAUGAGAAGACCAAUCAGAGAAGUUCCUGUUUCCAAACUCAUAGACUUGGAGGUGACUCCUUUGGAGGACAGUGUCAAUGAAAAACCCCUCCAAAUUCCCAAGGAACUCUGGCUCUUAGUGGACCACUUAUAUAAGCAUGCCUGUGACCAGAAGGAUUUGUUUCAGACUCCUGGAUCACAAAAAGAAGUUCGGCAAAUUAUUGAUUCUUUGGAUACUAGCAUUCUUAAGACAGUACCUGGCAGUAAUCACUCAGUAGCUGAAACACUCCUCAUCUUCCUGGAAGCUCUGCCAGAGCCUGUUAUCUGUUAUGAACAAUAUCAACGAUGCAUUGACUAUUCACAUGACUUCCAACUCAGCCAACAGGUAAUUUCGCACCUUCCACAGUGCCACAGAAACGUUUUCUGGUACCUUAUAGCUUUCCUUCGAGAACUCUUAAGGCACUCUGAAACUAACAACAUUAAUGCCAAUAUGCUUGCCAAUCUUUUCUCAAGUCUUCUGCUGCAGCCUCCACCCAAUCUAAAGGCAAGACAGAACAAUCACCAACGUGCUGUCCAGUUUCUCUUGGGCUUCUUGUUUGGAGGUGAUAAACACUAA